AUGGAGUUCAUGAAUGACACCGCGAUUGUAGUGGAAACAUCUGAUGGCGAGCCCUUCCGAUUACGCUCAUACCAAACGGAGAUGGUUGAAGAGAGCCUGCAACAGAAUAUCAUAGUCGUCGUGUGGUUCCUUGCACCCAGCGUCACUUUGUGCGAACAGCAGUAUGAGGUUUUCAAAUACAACCUGCCAGGCUAUGGCAUCCAAGUUCUGAGCGGGAAAGAUGGCGUCGAUCAUUGGACGGAUCAAGGCACUUGGGAUGCGGUGUUGCAUAACGUCCGCAUCGUACUCUCGACGCACCAGGUGUUACUUGAUGCUCUUACACAUGCAUUCGUUAGGAUGAGCAAGUUGGCUCUAUUGAUCUUCGACGAAGCGCAUAAUUGCACCUUAAAUCAUCCCGCGCGUAGGAUCAUGUCCGACUUCUACAAGCCCUUCGCAGAUGCUGCAGAUCCCAAAAGUCCUGUACCAAAAAUUCUUGGAUUGAGCGCAAGCCCUGUUAUGAAAGCUGCCGCCACCAAAGAAGCUUUGGAGCAAAUUGAGCGCAACCUUCGGGCUAUAGCCAGAACACCGAAAAUAUAUCGGUCAGAACUCAUGCGAUUUGUGCAUAAGCCUGAAGUCCUGCAAGUUAGUUACCCCCCUCCCUCACCAAGCGACGUAUCCUCCCCAUUGUUGCUUUCACUCCAGCAUAUCCUCGUCACAUACGAAAUCAAAUCAGAUCCAUACAUGCUGGAACUUCUCCAGAAGCAGCAGGAUGGGGAUGAAGUCAGGAAGCAGCUUGAGAAACUCUUUGUGAGUAGGAAGACGUACUGCUACGAACAAAUCAGAACUCUCGCAUCUAAAGCAUUCGACAUGACGCACGAAUUCGGUGUUUCGGCGAUGGAGUGGUACUUACAGCAGUCUAUGGGACAACUCAGAGAAGUAGUCGAUAUGACCUCGCAUCAGCAGCUCUUUGAUACAGCCGCUCGCGAGAAGCAACACCUCAUGCGUAUUCUCGAAUCACUUCCUCUCCCUAGGGACACUAUUGGGUCUUCUAUAUCGCCAUCAAAGCUUUCUCAUAAAGUGGAAAUGCUGAUUGACCUUCUAGUCUCUGAAUUGAUGGAAAACCCUGAUUUCUUUGGCCUUGUUUUUGUCGAGCAGCGAGUUUUUGUUGCAGCUCUCGCACAGAUCCUCGCAACCCAUCCUCAGACCCAAAGCCUAUUCCGAGUAGGUACCUUCGUUGGAGAAUCGCAAUCACCUAAGCGCAAGACAAACAUAGCAAAUCUUGCUGAGUCUAGGAAUCAGGGAGCAACGUUGGAUGACUUCAGAGCUGGCCGAACCAAUCUCAUGCUUGCGACCAGUGUACUUGAGGAAGGCAUUGACAUCUCGAGUUGUAACUUGGUUGUUGAUUUCGAAAGACCAAAAAACUUGAAGAGUUUCGUACAAAGACGUGGCAGAGCUCGGAAACAGCGGUCGAAGUACUUCAUAUUUACUCCACAAGGCCCAGGCUCCAGAUCGUCCGAAUAUUGGCAAUCGCUUGAAGCAGACAUGCGCAGAGCUUACGAAGAUGAAUUAAGAAUCGUUAAAAUGGCCAAUGAGAGAGAGAAAGUUGAAGAAGAAGAAGACGGCCGGGAGUUUCGGAUACAAAGCACUGGGGCGCUUUUGACACUUGACAAUGCCUGCCAGCAUCUUUAUCACUUUUGUGCAGUCUCUGCGACAGGUUCAUUCGUGGAUUCACGUCCUCAGUUCAAGUUUACCGAUGUACUAACCGGACAGAUCAUAUCGGAAGUUCUCCUUCCCAUAUGUAUCGAUCCAUCUGUAAGAAAAGCGAACAGUCUAAAGAGCUGGAGGACAGAGAAAAUGGCAAGAAAAGAUGCAGCCUUUGAAGCAUAUACUGCUUUGUAUCGAGCCGGUUUAGUUAACGACAACCUUUUACCAAUACGUCAAACCACAGAUUUUGUUCCGUGUGUUUCGGAUCGAACAGCUUCUAUUAUCGAGGUAUCAGCGCUUUACAAUCCAUGGUACCAGAUCGCUCUUUGCCAGCAACGUCGACCAUGCACAUGGUAUCGCACUCUGCUUACGUUGAACGUGCCCAGAGAACAAUCGGCUCAAUUUGUUCUCUUCACACCCGUAGCGUUACCGCUUAAUGAUUCGGAGAUCUUGUUGCACUGGAAUCAGACGGAAAAAUACCACGUUAGUAGUUCCUGGCUGCCAGAUACGAGCUUGUCUGAACAAGAGGUACAAAUACUUCGUUCUAUCACUUUCCAUAUGCUGUACCCGGUUUUCCACGGUAGAAUGAAAGACGAGAGAGACGAUUUUCUCUGGCUGUUGACACCAUGUGAUUCAGGCGGUUGUGUGUUGGACAGUACGUCUCUUUCAGCCUUGCAAGCAAAGAUGAAAGGUCAGCAAUCGCUUUUGGAUCUUCUGGAGACGGGACGAUUCGACCCGUCAGAUUGUGGUCUUAUUUCAAUACCUGGCGACUCCCGAAAAUUUAUACUGAACAUGGAGCCAUCGAAUUACUCGAACCCUUCAGAAAUUCCUGUUGUAUGGGCCAACCGAUUUCCCAAGCGCCGAGACUUCCUGCAUCCUGUUGUAGGCGACCCGGAUCAAGCUAUCCCGAAUCAAAAAGCGGAACCUUUGCCUAUAUCCGAUUGCAUGGUAGACAACUUACCUGCUCAAUACUCCAUCUUCGCGUUGCUGUUUCCCUCGAUUCUGCAUAAGUUUGAGUGCGAUCUUAUUGCUGAUCAGUUGCGCACCAGCCUUCUAUCGCCAGUGGCUUUCCAGCUAUUGGAUUUGCCCCUUCUAGUCAAAGCGCUCACAUCCUCCUCCACUGGUGAAGUGGAAGACUACCAGCAAUUGGAAUUUUAUGGGGACUGUAUUCUGAAGUUCAUAUCUUCGCUACAUCUGAUGGCAGCCAACCCGAAAGAGCCAGAAAGUUUUCUCACGCAAAAGAAAGGCAACAUCGUCAGCAAUGGAUCACUUACUCGAGCGUCGCUGUCAGCUGGGCUUGAUCGCUAUGUCAUAACCAAGCGCUUUACUGGAGCAAAAUGGCAGCCCAGACUUCUCGUCGAAACAGUCACAGUCACAUCACCCCCCAAUAAAGUGAAGCUCUCAUCGAAGCUCAUCGCCGAUGUUGUUGAAUCCAUUAUCGGGGCUUCGUUCGUUGUAGGAGGGUUUCCCAAAGCAUUUGCUUGCAUUCAAACACUUCUGCCAUUGGAGAACUGGAUAUCAAUUCCUGAUGCAAACAAUAUCUUGUACGACUUCGCACAGGAAGGUCCCACAUUCACAGGUCUAUCUACGCUGGAGCGCUUGAUAGGACAUACGUUCAGCAAGAAGUUUUUACUUCUUGACGCCAUAACGCACGCAUCUUACCUAGGGCCGAACGUACAUUGUGAUUACCAAAGAACUGAAUUCCUAGGGGAUGCUGUUUUGGAUUUCAUCAUCACCAAACGCCUAUACGCUCAUACCCCUCCACUUGAACACCAAACUAUGCAUGCUAUUAGGACUGCUAUGGUGAAUGCUUCAUUCCUUGCGUUCAGAAUGUUCGAAACAACCAUCGAUGAGCAUUUGACCAAUAAGGCCACCCUGCAGACUGAUGUGCAAUCACGAGCACUUUGGCAAUUUUUGAGAUCUGGAGCGCCCCAAGUCAACGCCGCUAGAGAGAUAGCUUUCAAACAACACCAAGAAGCUCGUGGGCAGAUUUUAGUGGCCUUGGAAAGAGACGCAAGAUAUCCGUGGCAUCUGCUUGCCCUCACUGAUCCACCGAAGUUCUUGUCCGACAUUGUGGAGAGUGUUCUAGGGGCGAUAUACAUAGACUCGCGUGGAGACUUCAGCAUCUGUCAGGCGUUUGUCCAGCGCCUGGGUAUUCUCGAAAGCCUCGAACGCAUUCUCCGUGAUAAUGUCGAUUGUCUUCAUCCGAAGGAGCGUCUAGGCCACCUUGCGGUCAACAAAGAUGUCAAAUACAUCAAAGUCGAUCCGAACAAAGACGAUGGUGUUGUCUCGAAAGACAUGUACAAGUGCCAAGUUGCGGUGGGUGGAGUAAAAAUUGGACAUCCGGUAGAAGGUCUCAAGAGACUGAACACAGAAACUAUCGCUGCUUCAUUGGCGUGCCACGAUCUAGAGACUCUUGUCGAAUCCAGUAUGUGUGAUACUGAGGGGGAAGAUACAUUCUUCGAUGCUGAGGAUGAUAGCAUUAUGCUGGAAAAUUGA